UCCUGCUGCUGGAAGAACGGUAAUGUAGACCUAGGCAACAAUCACAACUGGCCGCAGCAACUGGUGAAAAUAACGAUUUGUGAAGGCAGCUUGAGCAAACGUACGGUUGGAUUUCUUGCUAAAUAAUAAUUAUUCAUCAUGAACGUGGGCUUUGCUCUCGUUCUCCUCUGGUCUCUCCCAAUAACCAAUGUGCUUGCAGAGCUGCCUGUACCUCAGAACCUGACUCUGCUCACCCUGAACACAGAGUACCUACUAACAUGGGACUGGGACCGGGAACAGACGACCACAGGCAACACUGUUACCUUCACUGCAGAGUACAUGGGGAAGUAUAAGAUGCAGAGGAAGAAGAAGAACUGGAGCCGUGUGUGUGAGAGGACCAUACAUACCCACUGUAACUUCACAGGCUCUGAUCUGCACUACCUGGGCAUGUAUGUGCUCAGGGUCCGAGCCAGUGCAGACGGACUGAACUCAGACUGGGUCCUUAAAGACUUCUGCCCCGAUAAAGACGCUGCUUUGGGCCCACCAUCCAGGGUUGAGCUGGCUCCUGUAGGGAACCUGCUGGACGUGACCAUCUCUGACCCCCUGACCAGCACCCAGGGCUCCAUGAAGGAACACGUCCUCUCCCUGUACUACCACAUCCUGUACUGGAGCCUGUCUGAUGACCCUCGGGGUCUAAAGCCUAAUGUGGUGAACUCUAACAACAACCUGGUGACGCUGCCUGAGCUGGAGGCCUGGACGUGGUACUGUGUCAUGGUUCAGUCUCGCUACGACUACUACAACAAGACAAGCGGCUACACGGCACCCCAGUGCAUGCAGACAGAAGGUGACACCCAGUGGAGGCAGAUCUUCCUGUACUUCCUGGUCUCCCUGGUAGUAUGUUUCCUGCUGGUGCUGCUGCCCUACACCUUCUUUAGGUUCUACAGAGUACUCAAACACACCUUCUACCCCACCAUCCAGCUGCCUGCAUACAUCCAGGAGUACCUCUGUGACUCCUCCCUCGGCUCUGAAAUGCCCAUUCUCCUCACUCCUGAGUCAGAGCUGUGCUGUGAUAAUCUGAGCGUGUACGCCGAGGUGGUGCUGCUGGAGAUCCACAUAGCUCCUCCCUUCACAGCUCCCCCCUCAGGGCUGCAGCAUGACAGCAGCAGGCAUAGCCGCCAGGGCAGUGAAGGCAGCGGAGACUCUGGGGUCUACUCCACAGAGGAGGCUCCGGCCAGCAGGGUUCUAGUGGUGGGGGUGAGCCAAUCAGGAGAGACAAUGAAGUGGAGAAGGUCAAGCUGGAGGAGAUGGGGGAAGAGCCUGGAGACGAAGGAGUUCCGGAUGAGGGAGUUGUGGAUGUGUGCGUCUGAGGAGAGAUGGAGAGCGAGAGGAGCGCUGGGUGGAAAGACUGACACUUUGAAGUUGAUGACAUCUCGCUUAAAAGACAUCACACAGAUUAAAAGACACAUCUCAAAAGUAAGGGUGUAACGGUAAACAUAUUCAUACCGACUCGUUCGGUAUGGGGGACCUCUGUUCAGUCUGCACUGUGAACCCAGAUUAAAACAUAAACAAUUUUACUGUACCAGUCAAACGUUUGGCCACCCACUCAUUCCGGGGUUUUUCUUUAUUCUUACUAUUUUCUAAAUUGUAUAAUAAUACUGAAGACAUCCAAACUAUGUAAUAACAUACAUGGGAUCAUUAGUAUUCAAAAAUGUGUUAAACAAAUCGAAGUAUAUAUUUUAGAUUCUUCAAAGUAGCCACUCUUUGCCUUUGAAAGCUUUGCACACUCUUGGCAUCCCUCUCAACCAGAUUCAUGAGGUUGUCACCUGGAAUGCAUUUCAAUUAACAGGUGUCUUGUUAAGUUAAUUUGUGGAAUUCCUUUCCUUCUUAAUGUGUUUGAGCCAAUCAGUUGUGUUGUGACAUGGUAAGGAUGGUAUACAGAAGAUAGCCCUAUUUGGUAAAAGACCAAGUCCAUAUUAUGGCAAGAACAGCUCAAAUAAGCGAAGACAAAUGACAGUCCAUCAUUACUUUAAGACAUGAAGGUCAGUCAAUCCGGAAAAUGGAAAGAACUUUGAAAGUUUCUUCAAGUGAAGUCGCAAAAACCAUCAAGCGCUAUGAUGAAACCGGCUCUCAUGAGGACCGCCACAGGAAAGGAAGACCCAGAGUUACCUCUACUGCAGAGGAUAAGUUCAUUAGAGUUAGCAGCCUCAGAAAUUGCUACCCAAAUAAAUGCUUCAGAGUUCAAGUAACAGACACAUCUCAACAUCAACUGUUUAGAGGAGACUGCGUGCAUCAGGCCUUCGUGGUUGAAUUGCUGCAAUGAAACCACUACUGAAGGACACCAUUAAGAAGAAGACUUGCUUGGGCCAAGAAACACGAGUAUUGCACAUUAAACCGGUGGAAAUCUGUCCUUUGGUCUGAUGAGUCCACAUUUGAGAUGUUUGGUUCCAAACGAUGUGUCUUUGAGACGGAGAGUAGGUCAAUGGAUGAUCGCAUGUGUAGUUCCCACCGUAAAGCAUGGAGGUGUGAUGGUGUGGGGGUGCUUUGCUGGUGACACUGAUUUAUUUAGAAUUCAAGGCACAGCAUUCUGCAGCAAUACGCCAUCCCAUCGGUUUGCACUUAGUGGGACUAUCAUUAAUUUUUUAACAUGACAAUGACCCAGAACACACCUCCAGGCUGUGUAAGAGCUAUUUGACCAAGAAGGAGAGUGAUGGAAUGCUGCAUCCGAUGACCUGGCCUCCACAAUCACCCGACCUAAACCCAAUUGAGAUGGUUUGAGAUUAGUUGGACUGCAGAGUGAAGGAAAAGCAGCCAACAAGUGCUCAGCAUAUGUGAGAACUCCUGCAAGACUGUUGGAAAAGCAUUUCUCAUGAAGGUGGUUGAGAAGGUGGCUACUUAAAUCAAAAUAUUUUAUAUUCUUCUAACACUUGUUUGGUUACUACUUGAUUCCAUAUCUGUUAUUUCAUAGUUUUUAUUCUACAAUGUAGAAAAUAGUCAAAAUCAAGAAACCCUGGAAUGAGUAGGUGUACAAACUUUUGACUGGCACUGUACAUGGAUAUUUCACUAGGCCUAUAGGCUGCAUUGUAUGCCUCUUGGGUAAAUCUGAGCAACAACAAAAACAUUUCAGGCUAUCCCGUUAAAACAACUAGAGACUACAGAAUGUGCACGUUGUAAUUACAAUUUGAAUCUUAAUUGAUGGAUCUCUAACUGUCCUUUUUGAGAGGCACAGCCAGGAAAUAGUUCUUUCUGUCCAAUGGCGAGUGGUGGGGUCGAUUAACCAGGAGGAUUCCCCAUCACCAGUUUGGGAACAUUUUGGCUUCCCAGUAAGAUUAUUGCAGGGAUGGACACAGAGUAUGUUGCCAGUGCUGGAAGAGAAUAGCCUAUGCAGCUGCCAACACCUCAACAUGUUGACACAGUUACGCCGACAUCACGCCAGUAUUCCUACCACCAGAACAAGACGGCAACUCAAAAAAAACAACACAACGUCGUCUCCCCGCUGCAUUCAAGCAGCCCUUCGCAGCUGAUUCUGACCGGGCCAAAAUAAACAAAUGACAAGAGCGAUAGGUAUGUUUAUUACCAUGGAAAUGCGCCCAUUCUCGGUGGUUGAGAAGAAUACAGCGUUUCAGCACUUCUUGAAAGUGCUCAAGCCACGUUACGAACUUCACCCACUCGCACCCAUUUCAGCAGAUGGGUAGUACCCACUCUAUAUAAGCAAGCUGAAACAGAAGUUGUCAAUAAAUAGGCCAAUGCACCCUGUGUUGUGCUUACUACAGAUGGAUGGACCUCCCAGGGCUACGGAGAGCUACUUAAGUGACAGCCCUUCACAUUUCCCUCAACUGGGAAAUGAAAAGUACCGCGCUACAGACACGCCCCCUUUAUGAGAGUCACACAAGUGCACAUAUUUUUCUCUUGGGAAGAAAACCUUAUAGCAUAGGCUUCUACAAUGUCUGAGCCAUGUUUACAUGUUGAUUUCACACACAUAUUGCACUUUAUUUUAGUGUUGUUGAGUAAUCAUGUGUUUUCAUUUAAAAAAAUAUAAACAAAAAUGAACUACAGUAACUGUUGACAUUUUCCCGCUGUACCAAAUCUGAACCGUAGCGCGACCCCAAAACCAGGUUCUGUGAACUUUUACACCCCUACUCAAGGUACCAUCCAUAGCCACCUUGUGACAGGAUGGCAUGUUAUUAAUGUGAUUCCUGUUUUGUCUUUAUUCUACCUUCUCACUGUGACAGUUGUGAAUUUGUGCCUGGGUUGUUCUGGGAAUCCCAUGUUGCUCUGUGUUUUAAGGGCAUAGAAACAAUAUUAAAGGUGGGAGAGGAAGGAGCAUCUAUCAGAUUAAGAAUAUCAACAAGACCCCAGCCCACCUUUCUUUUCUAUGGCCAUGCUGGAAGAGUGUAGUGGCAUGGUAUCGUGAGAUGGGCGUGCUCCAAACUACAUGUCAGACAGUGCUGGUCACUGCCAAUGGCAUGCCUUCUUUUUCCAGCUAAUUCUGUGACCGUUGGUCCAUUGGCAUGUAUGAAGACUGACUGCUGCAAGAUGUUGUGUGUUCCCCUAUACUGUAACUAAAGCGGUAAUCCCCAUUCAAAAUAAAUGAAGGAAUUCAUGGGGAAACAGGGUAGCUCAUCAGUUUAAACAGUUAAAUUUGAACAUUUUCAAUCACAAGUAUGGUGCAGAUAAUCAACCUCAAGUUUGUCCAGUCAAGACAUCUUCAAAACGAAGCCCAUCGUGCAUGUUGCUUUUUAUGUACAUGUUAAAUGUAUUAGUUUGUCCUUUUUAUGAUUCUUAUAGAAUCUGAAAUCAAGAAUAGUGUCAUGUUUUCUCUCUGAGACCUUCUCAUUAUUUGACUUCCUCUUUGUCAUGAAAGGUGCUUUGCUCCAACUGUUGCUGAUUGGACCCCUGAGUCUUAAAGAAGAACUGAAUCUCGUGUGUGAUUUAUUUGAAGGUCUGUUAUUGAUGCAUUUGUUCUCUGAGCUGAAAACUCCCCUGUCGAACAAAUACCUCCUAGAGGUUUUUCAUUGUAAAUACAAUAACAUUUUGUCAAAGUUAAAAAAGUGGAAAUUAUCAGCGUCACUUAAGUUGAUAAAAGUGACAUAAAAUAUUUUCAACAAAUAACCAUAAUGUAUAUCAGCUAAAGCCUCAAAACCGAAGCCAAUACAAAUGUGAAUUUCCUAUGCUUUAUUAUUAUAACCAGCUACAAACAGCUCUUUGUAUUACAUGCCUGUACAGUUGAAGUCAGAAGUUUAUGUACACCUUAGCCAAAUACAUUUAAACUCAAUUGAGAUGUACAAACUAUGGCCAUGCUGUCAAUGAAGCAUGCCAAUGUUGAAUGUUUUAUCAUUUUAAGAUUGGAAAAGACACCCUUGAUCCCAGACUUGGGACCAGAUAGCCACUCCACUGAAUAGCAGGCUAGUGAUUGCUUUGCAAUGCUUGACGUUAGGAUUUGCCAGUAAAUUGUCGACUUGAUUCAUAAUGAUGACUGCUAGCUAAGAUUUUGAAAGUAUGUUGAUGACAUGAUCCGUCCAAUCAAAGCUACUUUAGAUGAAAUUACGUCAGAUCACAUAUCUGUGGUCAAUGACCUCGAACCUUCUUGGGUGGGCACUUCAAAUGUAACUCUAUGGCAGCACCCAAGGGGCUUGAAUUUUCGAGUUUUACCCUACCCUGACUACACAGCUUGCAAAAAUACAUUUGGAAAUCUAUGUUAUUAAUUUAUUGCACCCACACUGCUCGUGCACGUCAACGAGCGUCUGCGUUGCCACGGGCUAAAAUAGAAGUCCUUUCUAUUUUUUACAUUUUUUUUAACCAAUUUUGUGAAAUCCAAUUGGUAGUUACAGUCUUGUCUCAUCGCUGCAACUCCCGUACGGACUCAGGAGAGACUAAGGUCGAGAGCUAUGCAUCAUCCUGGAAGGAGGAGAGAUCACUAGAAAUUAUUUGGUUGACCGUUAUAUGUGUGGAUUAAUUGUCGGAGUAGGGGACGUUGUGCAUUUCGGGUAAAAUAACAACUCAAUGUUUAUAUCCCAGGACAAAUUUGCUAGCAACAGCAAGCUAGCUAAAUAGGACAAGUGAGCUAGCAAGCUAACUAGCUAAAUUUCCAUACAUGUUUAAUGCUUUUCGACCUGUCCCUAAAUUAAUGUCAUUGGUUCAGAGUUUGUUUUGCUAUUUUAACCUGCGUGUCGUGAUCACGUUUGGUGUAGUGUUGUACAUUUCAUGUAUUGUUUAGAGUUUUGUCGCCCCUUCGCUGGCAUGCAUAUAAAAUAACAUGUUUGUCUCACCAAGAUUGACAUGCUAAAAUUGCCACUGAAAGUAGUCCUGGUGAAUAGUAUGCACAAAACAAUGGUUGUCUUCAUGUAUAUCUUUGGUCAUGCUGUACAAUACUGAACAUGCUGUAUUAUUGCAUCCAAAUUGAGUUGAAUUCAUAUUAAAGUAUUUAACUCGCCUCAUA